GUUCCUUUAGCGUCAGCUAGCUGAGCUGACCCUAGAGGCUCUUUUACCACACAUCCCGGCAGGAGAGCAGGAAGAAACUGAGGGGAAGAUGUGUGACACUCAGAAUCUCCAGCCAGUUGAAGUAGUGGACCCUGAGGUGGAUGAGGGGUCCGGCAUCCCCCCAGUGGAUAAGGUGGAUCCAGGGGAGGAAGUGUCCAAUCCUCCCCCAGAGGAAAGCCUUGAUGCUGGGGAGACGAUGCAGGACAGCCCUGAGGAAGCAAAGAGGGAACCAGAGAACAAGGCCGAGGGAGAGCUAAGCCAGACAACUGCACCCGACCAUUCAAAUGAGUUAAAACCUCCACUUGUUAGUAUACGAAAAGACGUGGGUGUGAGUGGACACAGGCGAAUAGGAGGUCACAACCCUAAAAGCACCAAUCACACGGCAUCGGCUGCUCUUCCUUCCUCAACCGCCAGUACAACUGUUUCAGGGAAACGGACGAUGGUACUCUCCAACGAAGCCAGGAAAGAGAUGGCCAAGCAGGCCAGGGCUGCCAAGGAUGAGCGUCGGGCCAUGCUAGACGCCCGCCACAAGUACCUCAUAGCCAAGCUUGUGGACAGUGUGAGCCUGGGGGAGACUGAGGUGGAGGAGGCCUUUAUAUCGGAUGACAAGUUCAAUUUGAUAGAGGAAUUUUUUGCGCCUAAUGGAUCAAAGAGGUUGAUAUUCUUCUAUCAAGACAUAAAAGUGCCUUCAUCAAACCACCCAACCUGGGCAGACACAGUCAGUUCUACCCCCGGGCAGAAAAAGCUCUUUGUCACCACUGGAACUUCAGAGGCCUUACUUGAAAAGUGUUUGUUUUUCUUGAGAACGACAGACAAGGCCAUAACGACUGCCAAUGUUUCUCAGGAAGUGAAUUUCGGAAUGCUAGACUGCACUAAUGGGAGCAUUUUGUACAGUUUGGAGAAACUGUUCUCACAAAUUAUGCUGCCUGCACUCAAGUCUCAAGAGAAUUGGGGCUCCAUUAAGGAUGGACUUCAGAAUGCUCAGAUUCAGGACUUCCUGAGUUCAGUGGACAAGUUCAUUAGCAACCUCUCCUCUGCCAGACUGAAUAUGGAGGGAAGGUUCCAACUCCACAGAGUGGACACUGGACAGAGCCUAGGCAGCCUGCUAGGCCCAGCAGACUACACAGUUGCAGCCAAUAACUCCGAGCUGGUGGAGGAGCUGGAGGGAGUUCUUCUUCACUGGGCCCACCAGAUCGAACAGGUGCUGACAGAGGGCGAGCAAAUGAGGAAGGAGGCCGAUGAUAUAGGGCCCUCUGCUGAACUGGAGCAUUGGAAAAGCCGCAUGACCACUUUUAACAGCCUAAUGGAUGAGAUCAAACGACCUCAUGUGAAGAAGGUUAUUGGAGUGCUGCAGGUAGCCAAGUCAAAGACACUAAGGACUUGGAGAGAGCUGGAUGGAAACAUCACUGUUGUGGCAAAUGAAGCAAAAGACAAUGUGAAAUACCUCUACACAUUGGAGAAGUUCUUUGGCCCACUUGGAAAGUGCACUCCGACAACCAUGUUGGAACACAUCCCCAGCCUGAUGAACAGCAUCCGUAUGAUCCACAGCAUCUCCCAGUACUACAACACCUCAGAGAGAAUGACCUCUCUCUUUGUCAAGGUCACCAACCAGAUGAUUACAACCUGCAAGGCCUACCUAUGCCAGGAUGUGGCCAAGGUCUGGGAUCAUGACAGAAACGAGAUGUUGAGGAGGAUCAGAGAAUGCACACAGCUCAACCAGGAGUAUCAGCUGUGCUUCCAGAGGGUGCGAGAGAAGCUUCGGGACAACCCCAGCGACAAGCAGUUUGAGUUCAGUGAGAAUUACAUCUUUGGCAAAUUUGACACAUUCUGCAAGCGAUUGGAGAAGAUUGCAGACAUGGCCUCCAUUUUGGAGGACCUUGCAUCUCUGCAACACAUGAAAGUGGAGGGGAUCGAGAAGAUCUUUGUUCGCUAUCAGACCAUUGUGACCACCACCAAGUCCAAGACCUACAAUGUGCUUGACCACCGCAAGUUGGAGUUUGACAGUGACUACACAGAGUUCAAGUUGCAGAUCCAAGGCCUCUUCCAGUCUCUCCAGUCAUUGCUAGUGACCUGGUUUGAGCAGUCACUAACCACUGAGCGAAUGCUUGACCUCCUCUCUAAGUUUGAGAAUGGCGUCGGUAAGCAGCUGGAUCUCACAGACAAAUACAUGGCAGUACUGCAGCGCUAUAGCCGAGACCUGGAGCUUGUCAGGAAGCUCUAUCAAAAGCAGAAGGACAAUCCUCCCAUUCCUCGAAACAUGCCUCCUGUUGCAGGGAAGAUUAUGUGGUCGCAGCAACUAUUCCGAAAGAUUGAGUUACCUAUGUCUAUCCUGAAAAACAAAAUGGACAUUCUAAAGACCCCUGAGAUGAGGAAGGUGAUCAGAAGCUAUAACAAGAUGGCCGCCGUUCUCCUUGAGUACGAGCUCCUGUACCACAGAGGCUGGAGCCAAGCCGUGGAGAUGGGCCGUCACGGCCUGAAUGCAUCGCUGCUCGUCAGAGACCCAGAAACAAAGACAAUAUAUGUUAAUCUUGACUCCUUGGUCCUGGAGGUUCUGCAUGAGGCUAAGUGCAUGCAUAAGCUUGGCAUCGCCGUCCCAACGGUGAUCCUGAAUAUGUGUGCCAAAGAAGUCGAGCUGAAGGCCCAGCAAAACAGGCUACAGGAAAUGCUGCAGGACUUUGAAGCAGUCUUAUCCAGGAUCCCUCCCAUCCUCCUCCCCCUGAUGCAGCCCUUCAUCAGACACGUGGAGAACUCUCUCUCCCCAGGGCUCACUACUCUCUCCUGGACAUCACUCAACACUGACAGAUUCAUAGAGAAUGUAUAUGGAGUACUGCAAGAACUGGAGCAAGUUGCAAAGGUUGCCAUGGAUACACUGGAGUGUCGCAUUGAGAGAAUCCUACAGGCCAUGUCAUCCACUGCCCUGCUGGUGCUGCCCGAGGAUAUGCCCGUUUCAUCCCAAAACUUUCAUAGCCAAGCUGAGGACACUGUGAGGUCUGCUGGGAAGGCACUGAGCGUCCAAAGUAAACAAGUGGAAAUGUCUAUGUACGAGAUGACUGAUGAGCUGAAAAAGAGGAUGACGCCAGCAGAAGUAGUCAACCUAGAGGGGUCUCUCCAGUGUCUACACCCGGAUGCUAAACAGAAGACACGCUGUCAGUCAUGUCUAGCCUGUUGCUUUUACAACCUGAUGGCUCAACUGUGCCAGAGGAACACAGAGGCCCUGGUCAAAGCUACAAGGUCAUCCCUUGAUUCUCUGAGGCGAAGGCUUCAUGUGGCGAGUUCCAAGUACCAGUCAUCCUCGUACCUGAGUCGACCACAGGUCCAGGUUCCUCUCUUCAAGGCCUCUAUUCAGCUGGCCAUUCCCAACAUCGUCCUCAAGCCCAGUCUGGAGGAUAUCCAGAGUACUGUCAACAAAGUUGUGAGCAUUGUGCUGUCAAUGGCUACAGAAAUCCCACUAUGGACAUUUUCCCAUCUACAUCACAAGCAGCUUCAGGCAGAGCAGGCUGCAGUGAGGGACGCUGGGGACGACGGCCCCCUGACCAAGCAGCUGGUCCUCAAGCCCCUGGACCGGCAGCUGGCCGAGCACAAGGACGUCACCAAGGCCGUCAUCCAGCUGGGUUCCAUCGUGUCCUCCCUCAGGACCGAGGCCGAGGACGUACUGCAGGAGUUCCAUCACUUCUCCACCCUGUGGAAUCAGGACCCAGAGGAGGAAGUGAAAACCUUCCUGGAGACCAGUCCAUCCCUCCCAGCGUUCAGCACUCAGAUUUCCUCCUACUCUAAAAUGGAAGCUCAGAUUGAAGACUUGCCAGCCUCCUGCACUGUGGGUUCAGUCCUGUUCCACACAGACCACCUUAAGCUCUCCCUGACCCAGGAGUGCCGUGCCUGGAAACGGGCCUUUGGAGCUGCGCUGAACAGCCAGGCCUCAGCCGACAUGGCCGACAUCUACUCCUUUGUGGACGGCCUGACCAAGAGGCUCCAGAGGCCUGUCGAAGACCUGGAGGACGUUAGGGGAGCCAUGGCCUCUCUCCGAGAGGUCAGAGAGGCAGAGAUCCGGAUAGAUGCCACCAUCGGCCCCGUGGAGGAGUCAUUUGCCCUGCUCAACCGCCACGAGUUGAUCUUCAGCGACGGGAAUGCUGAGAAGGUGGACGGGCUGACGUACGCCUGGAGGAACCUCAAUGCACUGGUGAUGGAAACCCAAAACACCCUGGUGAAGAUUCAACCUGCCAUGAAGGCAGACCUACUGUCAGGGGUGGAGACCUUCCAGAACUCUGUCCAGAUCUACUACUCAGAUUAUGACAAAAGUGGCCCUGGAGUGGAGGGGUUGACCCCAGAUGAAGCCAGCGACAGACUGCAGAGCUUCCAGGCCCAGUUCAAUGAGCUGUGGAGAAAAUAUGUUACCUACUCUGGAGGGGAGGAGCUAUUCGGCCUCUCAGUUAACGAAUAUCCCGAUCUUCAGAGAAUUAAAAGAGAGCUGGGUCUUUUGUCGAAACUUUACACGCUCUACAACUCUGUCACUGAAAGUGUCACUAGUUACUAUGAUAUCCAAUGGGCUGACCUAAACAUAGACAAGAUCAACAAUGAACUGCAGGAUUUCCAGAACAGAAUCCGGAAACUUCCCAAGGCGUUGAAGGAGUGGCAAGCCUUUAGUGACCUGAAGAAGACAAUCGAUGACUUCAACGAGACGUGCCCCCUACUUUACAUGAUGGCUAACAAGGCGAUGAUGUCCAGGCAUUGGAGCCGCCUGAGUGACCUCACAGGUCAUAUCUUUGAGGUGGAGUCGGAGAGCUUUGCCCUCAGAAACAUCAUGGAGGCACCACUGCUCAAAUACAAAGAGGAUAUUGAGGAUGUGUGCAUCAGCGCGGUGAAGGAGAGGGACAUUGAGGCCAAACUGAAAGACGUAGUGGCAGAGUGGAGCAGUCACACGCUCACCUUCGCCCCCUUCAGGAACCGGGGGGAACUGCUACUGAAGGGUACUGACACUGCAGAGAAGGUGGCCCUCAUGGAGGACAGUCUGAUGGUGCUGGCCUCGCUCAUGAGCAACCGGUAUAAUGCCCCAUUCAAGCCUUCCAUCCAGCAGUGGGUGCUGAAGCUGUCUAACACCACUGAGGUCAUAGAGAAAUGGUUGACGGUUCAGAACCUGUGGAUCUACCUGGAGGCCGUAUUUGUCGGAGGGGAUAUCGCUAAGCAGCUGCCCCAGGAAGCCAAGAGGUUCCAGAACAUUGACAAGUCCUGGCAGAAGAUCAUGCAGCGAGCCCACGAGGUGACAGGUGUGGUGCAGUGCUGUGUGGGGGAUGAGACCCUCAGCCAGCUGUUGCCCCAUCUUCUGGAGCAGCUGGAGGUGUGUCAGAAGUCUCUGAGCGGCUAUCUGGAGAAGAAGAGGCUUGUGUUCCCUCGGUUCUUCUUUGUCUCCGACCCUGCUCUACUGGAGAUCCUGGGACAGGCCUCAGACUCCCACACCAUACAGGCUCAUCUGCUGAGUCUUUUCGACAAUGUGAACUGUGUGGUUUUCCAUGAUAAGAACUAUGACCAGAUCCUAAGCUUCCAGUCCCAGGAGGGAGAGACAGUAGACUUGUCUGAACCUGUUUUAGCUCAGGGAAAUGUGGAAGCCUGGCUGGGGCUCUUGCUGGACAGAGUGAGGAAGACCAUCCAUGGCAUUAUCCGUCAGGCUCACAUGUCCAUCAGUGACGCAGGACUAAAGCUGGUGGAGUUCCAGUCUGUGUUCCCAGCCCAAGUGGGUCUGCUGGGCAUCCAGAUGAUCUGGACCAGGGAUGCAGAGGAAGCCCUGGGGUUCAGCAAGGGAGACAAAAAGAUCAUGCAAACUACCAAUCAAAAGUUUGGGGAUAUCCUGAACGAGCUGAUUGAUAUGACCACUCGAGAAUUGACCAGGAAUGAACGCACCAAGUAUGAGACUCUGAUCACCAUCCAUGUGCAUCAGAAAGACAUAUUCGACGACCUGGUGCGAAUGAACAUCCGAUCGACAUUAGACUUUGAGUGGCAGAAGCAAUCCCGCUUCUACUUCAUCGAGGACAAGGACAGAUGCAUAAUCCAGAUCACUGACGUGGAGUUUAGCUACUGCAAUGAAUACCUGGGCUGUACCGACAGACUGGUCAUCACCCCUCUCACUGACAGGUGUUACAUCACCCUGUCCCAGGCCCUGGGUAUGAGUAUGGGCGGAGCCCCGGCAGGGCCGGCUGGCACUGGUAAGACCGAGACCACCAAAGACAUGGGCCGUUGCCUGGGGAAGUACGUUGUCGUCUUCAACUGCUCUGACCAGAUGGACUAUAGAGGGCUAGGACGAAUCUAUAAAGGUUUGGCUCAGUCAGGUGCGUGGGGCUGCUUCGAUGAGUUCAACCGCAUCGAGCUCCCUGUCCUGUCAGUAGCAGCCCAGCAGAUCUAUAUAGUGUUGCAGUGCAAAAAGAACAAGAAGACACAGUUUAUCUUCACGGAUGGGGACUUGGUGGAAAUGGACAGAGAGUUUGGCAUCUUCUUAACCAUGAACCCUGGAUAUGCUGGCCGCCAGGAGCUUCCAGAAAACCUGAAGAUCCAGUUCCGUACGGUGGCCAUGAUGGUUCCAGACAGAGCCAUCAUCAUGAGGGUGAAGCUAGCCAGCGCUGGUUUCCGUGACAACCAAGUCCUCAGCCGCAAGUUCUACACCCUGUACAAGCUGUGUGAAGAGCAGCUCUCCAAGCAGGUCCACUAUGACUUUGGGCUAAGGAACAUCUUGUCAGUGUUGAGGACACUGGGUUCAGUGAAGAGGUCCAACCCCACUGAGCCAGAGAAAACGGUAGUGAUGCGGGUGCUGCGCGACAUGAACCUCUCCAAACUGGUGGAUGAGGACGAGCCUCUGUUCAUGAGUCUGAUCAACGACCUGUUCCCUGGGAUCAUUCUGGACAAAGCAGGCUACCCCGACCUGGAGGCUGCCAUCCACACCCAGACUCAGCAGGCUGGCCUCAUACCUCACCAGCCCUGGGUCCUCAAACUGGUGCAGCUCUACGAGACCCAGCGGGUUCGCCACGGUAUGAUGACACUAGGCCCCAGCGGAGCUGGAAAAACCACGUGCAUCCACACACUGAUGAGGGCCAUGUUGGAUUGUGGCACCCCUCACCGAGAGAUGAGGAUGAACCCCAAGGCCAUUACUGCCUCCCAGAUGUUUGGUACCCUGGAUGUAGCCACCAACGACUGGACUGAUGGGGUCUUCUCAACCCUGUGGAGGAAAACGCUUAAAGCCAAGAAGGGGGAGCACAUCUGGAUCGUGCUGGACGGCCCUGUGGACGCCAUCUGGAUUGAAAACCUCAACUCAGUCCUGGACGACAACAAGACCCUGACCCUGGCUAAUGGUGACCGCAUCCCUAUGGCGCCUAACUGUAAGGUGGUGUUUGAGCCCCACAACAUCGACAACGCCUCCCCGGCCACAGUGUCCCGCAAUGGCAUGGUGUUCAUGAGCUCCUCUGUGCUGGACUGGAAGCCUAUCCUUCAGGCCUGGCUCCAGAGGGUGCCACCACAGCAAGCAGAGGUGCUCCUGGGCUGCUUCCAUAGUGUUUUCCAGGAUUUGAUCAACUUUGUCUUGACUGCUGUGUCUCCCAAAAUGCCCAUCCUGGAGUGUAUGUACAUCAAGCAGACCAUUGACCUUCUGCAGGGUCUACUUCCUGCAGUGGAGGAAAAGCAGACUCAGGGGGAUGUAUCACGGCUCUUUGUGUUUGCUGUCAUGUGGUCAGUGGGGGCUCUGCUGGAGCUGGAGGACAGAUCCAAGAUGGAGGCCUUCUUAGAGGCACAUCCUGCCACUCUGGACCUGCCCCAGACCCAAGGAGACCAGACCAUCUUUGAGUUCAUGGUCAAUGAACGUGGCCAGUGGGAGCACUGGUCCAAGAAGGUGCCAGAGUACAAGUAUCCCACAGACUCUGUCCCGGACUACUCAUCUAUCCUGGUGCCCAACGUGGACAACGUGAGGACAGACUUCCUGAUGCAGACCAUCAUGAAACAAGGCAAAGCCGUGUUGCUCAUCGGGGAACAGGGGACCGCUAAGACCGUCAUGAUCAAGGGCUAUACCAGUAAGUUUGAUCCUGAAACUCAGCUGAGCAAGAGCUUAAACUUCUCCUCGGCAACCCUGCCCAGUAUGUUCCAGAGGACCAUAGAGAGCUACAUUGACAAGAGGAUGGGCUCCACCUACGGGCCGCCGGCAGGCAAGAAGAUGACUGUGUUUGUGGAUGACAUCAACAUGCCCGUUAUCAACGAGUGGGGUGACCAGAUAACCAAUGAGAUAGUGCGUCAGCUGAUGGAGCAGGGUGGUUUCUACAGCCUGGAGAGACCAGGGGAGUUCACCAGCGUGGUGGAUGUUCAGCUGGUGGCGGCCAUGAUCCACCCCGGAGGCGGGCGCAACGACGUGCCUCAGCGCCUCAAGAGGCAGUUCAGCACCUUCAACUGCACUCUGCCCUCCAACUCCUCCAUCGACAAGAUCUUCUGCACUGUAGCACAGGGCUACUUCUGCCCCGAGAGGGGCUUCCCUGAGGAGGUGUGCACCCUGGCCAGCGCCCUGGUGCCAACAACUAGGAGGGUGUGGCAAGCUGUCAAAGCCAAGAUGCUGCCCUCCCCAGCCAAGUUCCACUACAUCUUCAACCUGCGGGACCUCAGUCGUAUCUGGCAGGGUAUUCUAACGGUGAGGACCGAGGUGUGCCAGGGGCCAGAGGUGCUGGCGUCACUCUUCCACCACGAGUGUACCCGGGUCAUUGCUGACCGUUUCAUUGACCACAAGGACAGACAGAGCUUUGACAGCAUGCUGGAGAAGGUUACAGUGGAGGAGCAUGGAACAGCCAUGAUAGAGCACCCCCAGUGGGAGGCCUACUUUGUGGACUUCCUGAAGGAUGCCCCCGAGACCACAGGGGAGGAGCCGGAGGACAUGGAGCUGGAGGCCCCCAAGGUCUAUGAGCCCAUCCCGUCCUUGCAGGCCCUGUCGGAGCGCCUCGCCACGUUCCAACUGCAGUACAACGAGGCAGUCAGAGGCAGUGCCAUGGACCUGGUCUUCUUCAAGGAUGCCAUGAUCCACCUGAUGAAGAUCAGUCGUAUCGUCCGCACCCCUCAAGGGAACGCCCUCUUAGUGGGGGUGGGUGGCUCAGGGAAGCAGAGCCUCACCCGCCUGGCCUCCUUCAUCGCUGGAUACCAGAGCUUUCAAAUCAUCCUGACCAGGACGUACAACACCAACAACCUCAUGGAGGACCUGAAGUCUUUGUACCGCAUCGCCGGACAACAGGGCAAAGGGGUCACCUUCAUCUUCACCGACAACGACAUCAAGGAGGAGUCCUUCCUGGAGUACAUGAACAAUGUGCUGGCCUCGGGCGAAGUCUCCAACCUGUUCGCCCGUGACGAAGUCGAUGAAAUCACCCAGGACCUCAUCCCAGCCAUGAAACGCGAGCACCCUCGCCGCCCACCUACCGCCGAAAACCUCUACGACUACUUCCUGUCGCGUGUGAGGAGCAACCUGCACGUGGUGUUGUGCUUCUCGCCGGUGGGGGAGAAGUUCCGAACAAGAGCCCUCAAGUUCCCAGGUCUGAUAUCGGGCUGUACUAUUGACUGGUUCCAGCGUUGGCCACGGGACGCACUAGUGGCAGUCGCACAUCACUUUCUGUCCCAGUAUACGUUCCAAUGCUCUGAGGAAGUUAAGCAGAGUGUAGUCCACACCAUGGGGACCUUUCAGGACCUGGUGGCCGAGAAGUGCACAGAGUACUUUGAACGGUUCCGCCGUCAGACCUACGUCACGCCCAGGUCCUACCUGUCCUUCAUCGAUGGCUAUAAGAUCAUCUACUCAGAGAAGAUCGCUCAAGUGGGCAUGCUUGCUGAGCGCAUGAAAACAGGCCUGGCCAAGCUGAUGGAGGCAGAGCAGUCUGUGAGCCAGCUGUCCAAGGAGCUGGCUGUUAAGGAACAGGAGCUGGAGGUGGCCUCCAAGAAGGCUGACGGUGUCUUACAGGAAGUAACAGCCAAGGCCCAGGCGGCCGAGAAGGUCAAGAUGCAGGUUCAGAAAGUGAAGGACAAGGCUCAGGCCAUCGUGGACGAGAUUGAAGCCGAUAAGAAAGUGGCCGAGAGGAAGCUAGAGGCAGCCAAGCCUGCAUUAGCAGCCGCAGAGACCGCAUUGCAGACCAUCAAGCCUGCGGACAUCGCCACAGUGAGGAAACUGGGCAAGCCCCCACACCUGAUCAUGCGCAUCAUGGAUGCCGUGCUGCUGCUGUUCCAGCGCAGGGUGGACCCUGUCACCCAGGACCCAGAGAGACCCUGCCCCCGGCCCUCGUGGAGCGAGGCCCUCAAACUAAUGCAGCAGUCUGGCUUCGUCAGCAUGCUGGUCAACUUUAGUAAGGAUUCUAUCACUGAGGAGGUAGUGGAGCUGUUGGCACCAUACCUGGACAUGGAGGACUACAACCUGGAGGCAGCCAAGAGGAUCUGUGGUAACGUGGCUGGCCUCUGCUCCUGGACUGAAGCUAUGAAGGACUUCUUUUCCAUUAACAAAGAGGUCCUCCCUUUGAAGGCCAACCUGACCCUGCAGGAGGCCCGACUUGGUGUGGCCCAGGGGGAGUUGUCCCGAGCCCAGGAGCAGCUAGACGCUAAGCAGCGGGAGCUGGAUGAGGUGCAGGCGCUCUAUGACGCCGCCAUGAGGGAGAAGCAGACCUUAAUGGACGACGCCACGGUCUGCCGACGCAAGAUGGCCAACGCCACCGCACUAAUCGACGGGCUUGGUGGUGAGAAGAUCCGCUGGACCGAGAGCAGCGCCCUGUUCCAGACUCAGAUCAGACACCUGGUUGGGGACGUGUUGCUGGCUACUGGCUUCCUGUCCUACGCUGGUCCCUUUAACCAGGAAUACCGCAACCUACUGCUGCAGCUCUGGAGAAAGGAGAUGAGCAGCCACCACAUCCCCUACAGUGAUGAGCUGAAUGUGAUCAGCAUGCUGGUGGACAAUGCCACUGUGGGGGAGUGGAACCUUCAGGGCCUACCCAAUGACGACCUGUCCAUCCAGAACGGCAUUAUCGUCACCAAGGCCUCACGCUACCCCCUCCUCAUCGACCCACAAGGCCAGGGAAAGAUCUGGAUCAAGAACCGUGAGAAGGACAGGGAGCUAGAGGUGACGUCUUUGAACCACAAGUACUUCCGCUCCCAUCUGGAGGACAGCAUGUCUCUGGGGCGCCCCCUACUGAUCGAGGACGUAGGAGAGGAGCUAGACCCUGCCCUGGACAACAUUUUGGAGAAGAACUUCAUCAAGUCUGGCUCCACGUAUAAAGUGAAGGUAGGAGACAAAGAGGUGGAUGUGAUGAAGGAGUUCACCCUCUAUAUCACCACUAAGCUGGCUAACCCGGCCUACACUCCUGAGAUCAGUGCUAAGACUGCUGUGGUGGACUUCACUGUCACUCUCAAAGGCCUGGAGGACCAGCUGCUUGGUCGGGUCAUCCAAAUAGAGAAACAGGAGCUGGAGUCGGAGCGUGUCAAGCUCUUGGAGGAAGUGACUUCCAACAAGAGGAAGAUGCAGGAGCUGGAGGAUAACCUCCUGUACAGACUGACCAGUACUGAGGGCUCUCUGGUGGAGGACGAGUCCCUUAUCGAGGUCCUGAGAGUCACCAAGACCACAGCAGAGGAGGUGAGUGAGAAGCUAAAGGUGGCAGCCGAUACCGAGGUGAAGAUCAAUCUGGCCAGGGAGGAGUACCGUCCGGUGGCCACACGGGGCAGCAUCCUGUACUUCCUCAUAGUGGAGAUGAGCCUGGUCAACAUCAUGUACCAGACCUCCCUCCGCCAGUUCCUGGGCAUCUUCGACUCAUCCAUGGAGAAAUCCACCAAGUCCCAGAUCACCUCUAAAAGGAUCCUCAACAUCAUUGAGUUUCUGACCUACCAGGCGUUUCGAUAUACAGCUAGAGGCCUGUAUGAGGAUCACAAGUUCCUCUUCACCCUCCUGCUGGCCCUGAAGGUCGACCUGCAGGCCAGGGACAUCUCCCACAGCGACUUUCAAACCUUCAUCAAAGGAGGUGCAGCCCUGGAUCUGAACUCUGUGGAACCCAAGCCGCGGCGCUGGAUCCUGGACAUUACGUGGCUGAACCUGGUCCAGCUGUCCAGCGUACACCCCUUCACCCAGCUGCUGACCCAGGUCACCCACAACGACCGCUCCUGGAGGGCCUGGUUCGACGAGCCUGCCCCCGAGGAGGCCCCGGUGCCUGACGGAUACGACAGCAUGCUGGACACAUUCAGGAAGUUAUUGUUGAUCAGGAGCUGGUGCCCUGACCGGACCAUUGCACAGGCACGGCAUUACAUCGCUGAGUCGCUGGGGCCUAAGUACGCCGAGGGGGUCAUUCUGGACAUGGAGUCCAUGUGGGCGGAGAGUGACAAGAGGACUCCCAUGGUGUGCUUCCUGUCUAUGGGGUCCGACCCCACAGAGAACAUAGAGAGGCUUGCAAAAGCAAAGGGAGCACCAUGCAGACCCAUCUCCAUGGGGCAGGGCCAGGAAGUGCACGCUCGCAGGUUAUUGGCCAACAGUAUGGCUGACGGAGGUUGGCUCCUCCUCCAGAACUGCCACCUGGGCCUGGACUUCCUGGACGAGCUGCUGGAGUCGGUUACCAACUCCGAAAACAUCCACAGCGGUUGUAGGGUGUGGCUGACCACCGAGGUCCACCCCAAGUUCCCCAUCAACUUCCUGCAGUCCUCCAUCAAGUUCACCAAUGAGCCUCCUCAAGGUAUGAAAGCAGGGUUGAAAAGGACCUACAACGGUGUGACUCAGGAGAUGCUGGAUAUCACUAACCUGCCCCAGUGGAGACCUCUGUUAUACGCUGUGGCCUUCCUCCACACUACUGUUCAGGAGAGGCGUAAGUUUGGCCCCCUGGGCUGGAACAUCCCGUACGAGUUCAACCAGGCAGACUUCACCUCCAGCAUGCAGUUUGUCCAGAACCACCUGGAUGAGUUGGACGUGAAGCGUGGCGUCAACUGGAGCUGCCUGCGCUAUAUGCUGGGCGAGGUCCAAUAUGGUGGCCGGGUAACAGACGAUCUGGACAAACACCUUCUCAACACCUUCACCCGUGUGUGGUUCAGCGAGAGCACAUUUGCCGACAAGUUCUGUUUCUACAAGGGUUAUACUAUACCCAAAGCCAAGAAUGUGCCGGAUUACCUGCUCCACAUUGAGACCCUGCCGCUGGUCGACUCGCCAGAGGUAUUCGGUCUUCAUCCUAAUGCUGACAUUACGUACCAGACAAACAUGGCCAAUGAGAUCCUAAGCACCAUCAUCAAUAUCCAACCCAAGGACAGUGGAGGAGGGGGAGGGGAGACAAGAGAGGCCACUGUCCAGAAACUGGCCAACGAGAUGCUGGACAAGCUGCCACCAGACUACGUUCCACAUGAGGUGAGAACUCAUCUUCAGAAAAUGGGCCUUUUCCAGCCCAUGAACAUCUUUCUGCGGCAGGAGCUUGACCGGAUGCAGCGAAUCAUAGGCUGUGUACGGAGUACCCUCACUGAUCUGAAACUGGCCAUUGAUGGGACCAUUAUCAUGUCAGAGGAUUUGAGGGAUGCCCUGGACAGCAUGUAUGACGCCCGCAUCCCCAAGCUGUGGCGGAAGAUCAGCUGGGACUCUGCGACGCUGGGCUUCUGGUUCACGGAGCUACUGGAGAGGAACCAGCAGUUUCAUACCUGGAUCUCCAGUGGACGGCCCCACCAGUUCUGGCUCACUGGUUUCUUCAACCCACAGGGCUUUCUGACUGCCAUGAGGCAGGAGACCACGAGGAUGAACCUGGCCAAAGGCUGGGCUCUGGACACUGUCGUCCUGCACAACGAUGUCACUCGGAUGAUGAGGGAGGACGUCACAGCGCCGCCGCCAGACGACAUGGGGGGAGUCUACAUCUACGGACUCUUCCUGGACGGGGCAGGGUGGGACAAGAGAAACGCCAAACUCACAGAGUCACCUCCAAAGGUCCUUUUCACAGUCCUCCCUGUGGUCCACGUCUAUGCUAUCAGCACUUUGGCUUCCGAUGCCAAGCGUCAGCAAGGGAUAAGCCUGUACCCCUGUCCCGUGUAUAAGAAACCCAGACGCACAGACCUCACCUUCAUCUUCUCCCUGCUGCUGCGCACCUUCCAGUCCCCUGACCACUGGACUCUGAGGGGAGUGGCUCUGCUCUGUGACUGCAAAUGAGUGGAAAUUUCAUUUCAAGUGGUAGCCAUUUUAGUUUUGCAAAACAUGUUUGUGUGGGGGGAGGCAGUGGAUAGGUAGGGGUGCAUGUGUGAGUGUGUGAAUGAGUGACUGUGUGUGUGUGUCUCAACCACAUACUGAAUAUGACAAUGACGACAAUGUGUGUGUUUAUCUAAUUCAAAGUGAUUUCUCAGAAUUACUAUUUGUCUACGUAGUGCAAAUUAAUUGAUUAAUCAAUAAUGCUAGUAUUUUGUGCAGCCAAAUUACUAUAUUUGGAAUUUUUAUUAAACAUAUUUUCAAAGAAUACCAGUAGAUGUAAACAAUGCACAAGUCGUAUAGAAAUUCUUGUUUUUGAAUAACUCAUCAUAUCCUGGUAUUUUAUUUGAUGAAGUGCUGUAGAAAAGAUAGUUGUUUCCCCUAUUCCAAUUUAUCCACUAAAAUCAACCCCUCUGACACUUUACCCUGUCAAAAAGCAUUUGAAUAGCAUCAUGUAGCAUUAUAGUAAUAACACUUUUAUAACAUUUUAAUAAUUAUGUAAUAAAUCAUAGCAUAGCAAACAAG